CUUCUCUCUAACCUCAUCAUCGAUUUUCCACAGUGACAAUCAAUCUUAACUUUGUUGUGUUGAUAGCAAUUUCUCAUGCUGAUUUUUGGUAGAUCUGAAUGAGUGAAAUCGGAAUCCAAUCACUGAAGCAAGUUCGAUGAAGAUUCAAGCUAGAGUGAGACUGUAGCUUUAUCUUCUUUCUCUCAGCGCUCUCACCGUCAAAGAGCUGCUAAGAUGGGAUCUGUUUCCCUGAAGAUCGGCGAUGGAACCGCCAGAUUCCGACGAUCAACCAUUUGCUCCUCCGCCGUCAACCUCCUCAUGCUUUUCUCCGUCGUCACCACCAACCUCUUCGCCUUAUACGCCUUCUCGUCCCAUUCCCAAGCCGACUCGCCACUUCACCAUUCCAACAAUAUCUCACUCGUUUCUCAACAUCUAUCUCUCAUCCUCCGAGAGAUCGAUUCGUCUCAACGCAAGCUCGCUCAGAUGGAGAAACAGAUCCUUGGCUACGAAUCCAUCGAUCUCUCCCGACCAAACAUUGGCCCUGAGCUCAAACUGUUCCUCCAGCGUCAUCAGCUUCCUCUGGGUAAAGAUUCGCGUACAGGGAUCACUGAAAUGGUAUCAUCCGUUGGUCACUCCUGUGAAAAAUCUGCGGAUUUGCUCUCUCAGUACAUGUCAUACAAAGUAUUCGAUAGAUGUCCUGAUGAUUGGAGCCUUGGCCAAAAGCUGAUUCUCCGUGCUUGCGAGCCGUUGCCGAGAAGACGAUGCUUGGCGAAAACGGUGCCUAAGCAAGAUCUGAAACAGUCUCCUAAUUCACUGUGGGGAACUGUUAGUAACAAGAGUGUUAACUGGAGUGGCCUUGGUUGCAAGAGUUUCGAUUGCUUGAAAGGUAAGAAACUUAGCCGAGAAUGCGUUGGUUGCUUCGAUCUGAGUAGCGAGAAAGAUAAGUUUGUGAAGGUUAAGGGGAAGAACGAUUUCUUGAUUGAUGAUGUGUUGAGUCUAGGAAGUGGGAAAAUCCGGAUAGGGUUCGAUAUUAGCGGUGGAUCUGGGACUUUUGCAGCUAGAAUGGCUGAGAAGAACGUGACUGUGAUCACUAACACGUUGAACAAUGGUGCUCCAUUUAGUGAAUUCAUAGCUGCGAGAGGGAUUUUUCCCUUGUUCUUGAGUUUAGACCAUAGAUUCCCUUUCCAUGACAAUGUGUUCGAUCUCAUCCAUGCUUCUAGCGGAUUAGAUGUUGAAGGUAAACCCGAGAAGCUAGAGUUCUUGAUGUUCGAUCUUGAUCGGGUUUUGAAACCCGGUGGAUUGUUCUGGUUGGAUAACUUCUAUUGUGCUAGCGACGAAAAGAAGAAAGAUCUUACUCGUCUGAUCGAGAGGUUUGGGUAUAAGAAGCUAAAAUGGGUUAUUGGAGAGAAGAGUGAUGCACAAGUGUAUCUCUCAGCUGUUCUGCAAAAGCCGGUGAGAGCUUGAUCGUAAGGCAAAAGGAAAGAUUGUAAUGGUAAGAGUGUUACUCUUACAAUAGUUACAUUGAUCAUAGGGAUAUAAAUAUUGGAGUUCCUUAGGUGAUAUUUGUUUCAAAGGAGAAUAAGCAAUGUCGAUUAUUUAUUUACCGGGGGGAUUGGAGGAAUCAUUUGUAAAAGUUUUUCAGUACACUGUUUUGUAAUUUUGUCGAUUAUAAUUACUUUUAUG